AGUCACAUUUGCCUUGCAACCUCAGUGAAAAAGAAAGAAUGACAUUCUUUGAUUAUCCUAUUAUAGGUCAUUCAAUUUCAGGUGAAAGAAUGACAUUUGGGGUAUUUGUUAUUUAAUAUUGCUGUCAAAUGUCAAAACGGGGCAUAUUUGUUUCAACCAAUACGUCUAAGGGUUAACUUUUGGUAUUUGGCCCUAUACUCUCAGAGAGAGAGAGCGAGCGAGGGCGCGAGACCUAAGGGGAGGGAGUAAGGGAGUGAGGACGCACAUGGCACGUCGCAGGCGGCCAGUGUUUACCCCGUGGGACAGCCUUCUCCCUCUCGCUGACGGACGAAAGGGAGGCCGUUCUCCUCCUGCCUCUUAUCCAGACACAACCGCCGCCGCCGCCUCCUCCGCGUCCUCGGGUCAUGGACGGCGUGCAAUCUCAACACGUCGGCGUGGAGGAGGCUGAGGACACGUUCCGCGCCCUCGCCUACGACACGGCGCUCAGCACGGUGGUGGCGGUGGCAGUUUACGUGGCGCUCAAAGCCGGCCUGGACGGGGUCCGGCGGUGGCGCGCCCGCAUCUCGGUGCUUGUCGUGGGCUCGGGUCCCGUAGGGCUGACGGCCGCCCUGGUCGCUGUCCGCUCGGGGAAGGUGCUGAAGCUGACCGUGCUGGACGAGCGCAACCGGAGCGCGCUGCUCUGCCGGCCGCAGCAGAUCGCCCUGGACCCACGCAGCGUGGACUUUCUGCUGGGACUCGGCGUGGACUUUGACAACAUGGAGGGAUGCUGGCACGAUGAGCACUUCUUCACCAGAAUGGGCGUGUUCCAGGAGUACCUGCUCAGCAUCCUGGAGCAGAAGAAGCAGCAGGUGGACGUCAGGGUGCAACUCGGCACUAAGUUCACUGAGGAUUACCUGCGACGCAUCCCCGCCAGGGAGUGGCCACGUGUGAUUGUGGUGGCCGACGGCUCGUGUGGCGACUCCUGCUCCGUACUGGGUCUCAGCUCUGACUACAUGGUGGAGUCGUGCCACGCCUACGGAGCCAACGCCAGCAUCGAGAGGCUGGACCAGAGACAGGUGCCCACUCCGGAGAUCCGUGCCCACAGUCUCUACUUCGACCUAUCCGCGUACGGGGUGGAAGCCCAGCGGGAGCACCGCAACCUCUUGGCCAAGCAAGGGUUCCAUUUGAAGAUCUAUGGCACCUUCAGGAAUCGCUACAUGGCCCUCGCCUGUCCCGCCUCCGAUGCCAGGAUGGUCCGCUUCCUCAGACACACGGCCAACUCCUCGAUCAUGAAGAACAUCUUCUAUCAGUCCUUCAACGCGUACAAGACGGACAUCGAACCGCGGCUGAAUGACAUGACGCUCUACCACAUGCAGUGCAGCCGCCGCCUCUUUGAGGUCCAGCUGUCGCACAGACGCGUCAGCGCCGCCUACAUCGAGGGGGACAAUGUCGCUGUCACCGUGGAGGGAGAGGCGGCCCGCGUCCUCAACUUUGACACGGGCUGCGGAGUGAAUCUAGGCCUACGAGGCCUGGAGUCCAUGAGCACAUUCAUCUACCGCACGGCCACCGCCGUGGACCAGCACGACGUCAUGGAGGCUCUCUCGGCCAAGAUGCAGCACUCAAGACAAGUGGCUCGCACCUUCAAGCAGACAGGUCUGACUGAGUCCAUGUAUGCCUGAAACCUCUGCUUUCAUGGAUGGUGCACACUGGUGGUUACAGAGAAAAGGUGUCACGCCAAUGCCAACGAGUAUCAUCAACUCACCUAAAACGCCUUGGACUGAGUUUCUGAUGUCUUUGCUAUAGUAGUAUAAUUUUUUUUGUGAUGGAUUGUGUCCAUUUUUAAUACUGUAUGUAAAAUAAUGAUAUAUUUAAGGAUUAUACUUAUAAAGGGACUUCAAGUUGAAUUAGUCCUCAAUCCUUGGUCACACAAUCCAAAUUUGUAUUUGAAACUUUAAGCAAUGCUAACGCAGGAAUUAAUUUAUAACCCUAACCCCUAACCUUCAAGUGACCUCCGGUUUAUUUAUCAAUCAAGGCCUGAAAAAUAUUUUAUUUUGAAAAGUGACCAGAUUCUAUCUAUGACAUCCGUCUGUCAUGGACUCAUGACAUACGAAUGUCUAGUGGCCGUCGCGUGAUGCAAAUGUUACAUUCACGAACAAGCGAAAUGAGUAAAGUAAAUCGACACAUUUGGAAAUCUUUGCAAUGAGGAAAAGGCACAGUGAUUAUUCAUCACAAGUCCAAGAAGAAAACAAGGUGCAUUUUACAGACAACACCCGAAAACCCACUUAAAAUAGGGAAUUACAGCGACAGGUGAUUCCUCUACAAUGAGCGAAUGCUGCCUGCAGAACUUCGUCAAAAAAGAGUCCCAUGAAAGAGUCAUAUUUGGUAGCUAAUUGCAUUGGUAAUGCAAGGAAAAAAAACUGUGCAUUUGCUUUUAUUGUACCAUUGCCAAAGCAGAGAGUCGCAAGAGACUGUCAACACCGAAAAAAGUUCAUUUUAAGAUCACCUCGGUUUCAACACACACCACUCAGUUCACUCAGAAUUGAGGGAGAAAAAAUUUCCAGCAUCUUUGAUCCUAUUUUAAUAAAAAGAAAGAAAACAUGUCUCCAUGAAGGAAAUACUUAUGUGAAUAAUCGACCUAGACUACUGUUGCACUAGAGUGGCAGCCAUGGAGUUUUAAAUCUCUCUUGUAAAUUGACACGAAUAAAGUUAGCCUACUCUAAUAAUCAGUGAGUUAGUUAGUUAGUUAGUUAGUUAGUUAGUUAGUUAGUUAGUUAGUUAGUUAGUUAACCUCAGUCCUUUCCUUGUCGUCCAUUGAAUCUAGUGUUGAGUUUAAAUAGAGCUUUGCUGUCUCCUAGCGGUGUCUUUGAAAAGUACAACACGACUUAAUGACGUCUCUUGCCACAACACCCCAAAUGACAUAAAGGUUGACAAUGGCAGAAUGUCGAUCAUCAUGGCUGCUAUUUCAAAAUUGCUUAUUGCUCCAUAUAAAUUUCAAACCAUUAAUGCAAAUCAGGUGUUGUGUCAAUGCAGACUCACAAUCUUGUAGUUCCAGCAUAAAAACAUCAUUUUUAAUGUAUUUUUUAAAGACUUAAACUAGAAUGCAACCUCUGAUAUAGUGAUUUUACCUGACUGUAUUUUCUUUUGUAGACAACUGUUAUGCAAUGGGGGAAUUUGGCUAGAAUUGUGUGUGUCCAUGUUAUGCUUAGUCAACCAAGUACCAAUACUGUGCAUCUAAACUGGUCAUUUGACUUGCACAAGUCUGGGUUGGGUCACAAAAUUUGCACCUUUCACAUCAGUGAAGCAAAUAGAAAGUAUCCCCAUUCUGAUUCUAAACGGCCUCAAUCGUGGGUUAUUUUGACCCUCUCGGGUCAACAGUGUUCCCCUCUGAAUUGGCCCACUGCUCUUUUGCAAGGCCUUUCAUUAUGUAGAUGAGACGCAAUCACGACAACAACUUUUAUCUUUGCAUGUCAUUACAUUAACACGUUGAAGGACAACAUAAUCAAUGCAUGGAAUGACAAGUUGGUAAAUGAAUCAGACUGCCCAACGGGGACUUCAGGCUUUGAUCAAUGACACAUGUUAAGCGAGUCUGACUUGCAAGGUGUGAUCCAACUGCGUUAUACUCAUUUGUCGACUCUAAUAUCUCCCCUAAGAUGGAAGUUUUACUGUACAAAUUUCCUGGAGUUGAUUUGUACCCGUGUGGAAAAAUGUGGCCGGUACAUGUUUUCUUCUGCCACACGAGAGCACUGUUUGCUUACAUUUAAAAUUUGCUUUGGUUCAUCCAAAAAUCGAAUAACAAUUUUGUCAAGCACAGACACAGAAAUAAAUUAAUAAUGGUACAUAAAAACACGCGUAAACAAAAAAUGACAAGAUUAAAAUGAAGUGAAGAAAAAAUCCAUUUAUUGGAAUUAUUUUUACAAUCAAAAUAUUUCCUUUUUUUAAAUGUUAACUGGUUUACGCUUAUGUUGGCGUUAAAAAAGACUUGACCUUGCCGAAUAGUGAGUUUUCCACAUUGCCCCCUUUUUAAAAUGGUAGACCCUCAUUACCAAUAUUUCUGUUAUACUGUAUAGCUAAGGUUUAGUGAGUACUUUAACAUAACUUAAAUAUAAGUUAGUCAACACUUAUAUUGACUUGAUCUUGCUAUAUCGUGAGCAAUCCACCACUUUUUUCUUUUCUUAUAAAUGAGAAGACGUCAUUAAUGAUACUAUAAUAUUUCUGCAGCCAGAUAAGGAAUUAAACAAAAUAAAAAAUAUGACCUCAGUUUUAGUUUGCUAAAUAGUGAGCCAAAAACUGUUUACAAUGCCCUUUGUAACCAAUGCAUGAAUAAUUGAUAAAUGUACGCUUAUUUUCAAGAUUUCUUUUAUUUAUUUUGGAUUUUUAAAAAUAUUUCUGUGUGUGUAAUUGUAUUAUAUUUCAAUAUUACCUUUUUAGAAAUAUUCUCCAUUAUUUAUUGUACAUUAGCUGGGAACAGUAAUGAUAAUUAAAUGAUCAAACCCUAUCAAAGUCUUCAAAAACCACACCAAAACUAUAAACAGAGGGGAAAAUGACCUCUGAAUUAGUCAAUAAGAUUUAUAUUAUUCCAAUCUUGGCCUUUAACAUUCACCUUCAUAUGAACUAAACAGCCACCAAGAAUGAAUGAAGAUGUCGUUUUCACCUUUCCCUGCUUGCUUGAGAAGACGCCAGCACGGCCCGGUAUCGACGGGCCUUUGCUUGCUGUCUUGACACGCAGACAGGAAGUCACUGUCGCAUGACUUGGAUAUCGGCACCUUAUCCGAUGCGCAGUGAAGGCCGCCUUGUCUCUGCUGCCUGCGCAAACAAGUUGUAGCCACAAAGAAAGCAAUUAAUGGUAUCAUUUGUGUCUUUGGCAAUAUUUGUGUCAUGUUGUGAAUCUUGCAGACUGCAUAUUUUUAAUUCUGAUCUGGGGCAAGAAUAUCCUUAUGGUAAUUGUCUUUAUUAAAAUAGGAAAUGUGUACCGUACAGAUAUUUUAAAAACAUAUUAGUAGCCUUUUUUGACUGAUAAAUUAAUGAUUUAUCCUUAAUCAAUUGUUACAGAAAUAAGCUUAUGACAAUUUCAUAGCUGGAUCGUAUGAAAUAAUAAUUUGCUUUUUAUAUUACUACCAUACAGGUAUUUAUUUUUGCAGGUGCAGGUGAUCUUUGACCUCUGUAUGACUUCUUACACUGUUGUUUAGUAUACUUUCUUACUCUUUUACUAUUUCGAGAUUCCCCAAUGACCCCUCACAGAUCAACAUGUCCCAUUUAUAAAAGGGUGUGCACACUUGUGCAAGUUAUAGGUAACAUGCCAUAGUGGAAGAGAUUUUAUCUUGCUGCCAUAUUUUAAAAACCUGGGCUUUGGAUGGUUUGUGUAGACUUUUUAAUGCAAUUACAUUUUUUUCUAAAACCAUAUGGUCUAAAUCACUCCUCACGAUUGAAACGAGCCGACUCCUCCUUCUCAAAUGUGAGUGUGUGUGGAGUUGGGGAGGUGCGGUUAGGGGGCGUGGGGGUUGUGUG